CUUUAACUCCAUCUUUAUCAGUUUGAACAUCCUCUUUUCCUAAACGAUAAUAUUAAAUUAUGAAGCAAACUUAUGUUGUAAGGAAUCGUUGUUAUUAAGUCAACACUAAAAGGCUCAUCAAUUGACAAUGUUCUGUUACUCAAAAUACAAGUUAUAACCCUUUCCUCAGUGCCAUGAGUUAAUGGGUGCUCAAUGAUGAUUCUGUCGUUAACUGAAGCCUCUUCUACAAACUUUGUUUCAAACCUGAAAUUACUAAUAAUAUAAUAAAUCUAACCCUUGAACUGUAUUUGAUGAAGAUACUAUCCUUCCAGUACCAAUGAAUUCAUUAACCUUUUUGUUUUCACUAUUUUCAUUUUUUGAAUCAUCUACUUCACUGGAUUCCUUCUUCUUUUUCUUGUAAAGUUUCGAGAUUCCCUUGAGCUUAAUCUUUCCAGAAACCUUUCGGUUAUAUAAGUCGGAACUAGUCAUUAUUUAUAACAAAAAACUACUUUAUCAUUGUAACAAUAAUUUUAAAUAAUUACACAUUAAUUAAACUAUUUUCAUACCCAUAAUGAUUAAUAACAUUAACAUCCUUACUAUUGUCAUGUUUAAUUUUUUUGAAAUUACAAAAUGUUUAAAAACUGUUAAAAAUUUGAAAAUUAUUUUAUUGAUGCACGGUUUUAUUUAAAAUCGCAUAAAUUUAUGGCAAACCUUGCUACUAGAGGAUACUAUAUCACAGGAAUAAACAAUGUUAAUGUACGUCUAUAUCCUCAGGUUCUUGGUAUUUACAAGAUACAUGAACACAACCUUUGUAAUGCACUGAGGGACUUUGGGCUGAUUAUUAAGUCUGACAGUCGGCGCUCUCUUCUCAACUACAAUUAUGAUUUCUUAAAAUUUUUACAAGUCAUGAGACCAAGCGAAGUCUGUAUGAUAGCUCACGGUUACUCUUUGCUUAAACUAGACGAUAGAAAUUGGUGGAACUCAUUCACGUCGAUUUCAUCUCAGCUACUUUAUGACAUUGACGGAAAGGAAAUUGCAGGUCUUCUCUACAGUUUAACAAGGGUGUAUUCACAGAAAAAUAAUUUAAUUGAACGAUUAAUUGACGAGUCCAAGUCAUGGAUAAACCUUGCGACUCCAACCUCACUAUCUCUUUUAGUUAAGGUUGCGACUCAUUUCAAUUGUGGUCCUGAGAUAAUGAAGAUGCUUAAUCUGAGAUCACUACAGCUAAUCGAUGACCUGAAGAUUGUAGAUAUUGUGUUUUUCCUCACAUCCAACGUUGAAUCAAAAACACAUGAUAUUAAUUUCUUUCGUCAAAUGUGUUUAAGAAUCAUCGAGAUAAUUGACGAAGUUGACUUACAUCACUUGAGAGCUAUAGCUGCUUCAAUAAGCAUGGGUGGAUUUAAGUCCCAUAUAAUGUUCAAUGUUUUGACAAUUAGAUUAUCGCAAAUCGCUUCCAGUAAAAAUCUUACCGAGAGUGAUGUCAUAUCGAUACUUUUGGCAUUCACUACUCAGAAGUUUCUUGCCCACAAUGACCUCAGCAUUGACUCUAAAACGUAUAAAAGAUUUCUUAAAGAAAAUCCAACUUCAAGUAAUGACAUCUUCACGUUCCCUUUACCUGAAUUUGGACAUGUAAUGUCUGAAUCGGUUUAUAGAAAUAAGGACCGAAUCACUUCAAACGGUUUGCCAAUUGUUUUUAGAGCAAUUUCUAUACUUAAGAUACCCAUAGAUGAAGAUUUUUUUAAUCAUUUACUUGCCAGAACUUGCAAUCAUAUAGAGCAAGAUUUAUACAAGGGAUUGAAACUUUCUAAUCUUGUAGUGACCUUUGUGAAGUUCAACAGGGACAAUUCUGCCUUUUGGAAGGCCAUUUAUGGAACCUUAACUAGACAGAAUGAUUUGCAGUUAACUGGAGAUUUAGUUUCUAAGAUGAUAAACACAAUUUCAACCAUCGAACCAGGGAGUUUAUCUGACUCUAAAUACCUGGAUAUGGUCAGAACUACUCUUAUAAAGAAUUGUGAAAAUUAUGCUUCUUCCAUGAGUGCUAGGUCUCUUUUGGCCUUAAAUAGACAUUUCUCACUCACUAAACAAACUGAAAUUCUCUGCUCUGACGAGUUCAUAGACGCCAUCAUAAAUAAGAUGGAUGAUUUUUCAUUGUCAGAUUUGACUAAAAUCCUUAAAAGUUAUACUAAUCUAAACAAAUCUAAUAUUAAUAAAGAGAAAAUUGACAUCAUGGCUACUAAAGCUGAGGAGAGGAUUAAUAUGGAAAACUACCCGAAAGGCUCUAACAAUUUGGAAUUAACCAACCUGAUUCAAAAUUUAAAGUCUGGAACGAUCAAUACCACUUAAAUGCAGUGUAAAUAUUAAUUUAUUAAAUUAAACGAA